GGCGGGAACGCCCUGUGACGUCAUCGAGCCGCGCCGUGCGUUCGCCCUGCGAUCCCGCUCACUCUUGGCGCCUUCGCGGGAGGUGCGUCCGAGCCAUGGCCGCGGCAAAGUCGUGGGACCCGGCGUCCGCGCCUAACGGCGCUGGGCUAGUGCUAGGCCACUUCAUAGCUUCGGGGAUGGUCAAUCAGGAGAUGUUAAACAUGUCUAAGAAAACAGUUUCUUGUUUUGUGAACUUCACCAGACUACAGCAGAUCACAAAUAUUCAAGCUGAAAUCUACCAGAAAAACCUGGAAAUUGAACUCCUGAAACUAGAAAAAGAUACAGCAGAUGUUGUUCAUCCUUUCUUUUUGGCUCAGAAGUGUCAUACUCUGCAAAGCAUGAAUAAUCAUUUGGAAGCAGUACUGAAAGAGAAGAGAUCCCUUAGGCAAAGACUGUUGAAACCCAUGUGCCAGGAAAACUUACCUAUUGAAGCUGUUUAUCACAGAUAUAUGGUACAUUUGCUGGAGUUGGCUGUGACUUUCAUUGAGAGAUUAGAAACCCACCUUGAAACAAUUAGAAAUAUUCCUCAUUUAGCUGCAAAUCUAAAGAAAAUGAACCAGGCUUUAGCAAAGAUGGAUAUAUUGGUGACUGAGACAGAAGAACUGGCAGAGAAUAUACUCAAGUGGCGUAAACAACAAAACGAAGUUUCGUCUUGUAUCCCCAAAAUAUUAGCUGAAGAAAGUUAUCUUUAUAAACAUGAUAUUAUAAUGCCUCCUUUACCUUUUACUUCUAAAGUUCAUGUCCAAACUACUAAUGCCAAGUAGUCAUCAACUUUAUUUUUGCCUAAUUAUGUGUAGUCAUAUGAAGUCUAUUUCUAGUUGACUGUAACAUGGGUAUUAAUAGUCUUUGCUGCUGGUAAUACUGAAAGAACCUGCUUUAUAUUGGAGUAUCAAGAUCUCAGGUUCAUUAAGACCAAACUGACUUUUCCUUUGUUUUUCAUAUAUUUUUAUUCUACCUUUCAGUAAAACUAGAGAAGCUAAAAAAAUAGCCAUGACAAUUUAUUAACAUAAGUGAAUUAACCAUUUCUCAGGUGGGAAAUUCUCUUUUUUUAAAAAUGUGUGUUUAUGGUCUGGUGUGGUGGCUCACACCUGUAAUCCUAACACUUGGGGAGGCUGAGGCGGGCAGAUCACUUAAACCCAGGAGUUCAAGACCAGCCUGGGUAACAUGGUGAAAUCCCAUAUCUACAAAAUAAACAAAAAAUUAGCCGACCAUGGUGGUGCAUGCCUGUAGUCCCAGCUAUUCGGGAGGCUGAGGUAAGAGGAUCACCUAAGCCUGUGAGGUCAUGGUUGCAAUGAGUCAUGAUCACGCCACUGCGCUACAGCCUGGGCGACACAGUAAGACCCUGUCUCAAAAAAAAAAAAAAGUGUGUUUCUGGCCAGGCACGGUGGCUCACGCCUGUAAUCUCAGCACUUUGGGAGGCCUAGGUGGGCGGAUCAUGAGGUCAGGAGUUCGAGACCAGCCUGGCCAACAUGGCGAAACAACUGUCUCUACUAAAAAUACAAAAAUUAGGCCAGGCGCAGUGGCUCACACCUAUAAUCCCAACACUUUGGGAGGCCAACCCAGAUGGGUGGAUCACCUGAGGUCAGGAGUUUGAGACCAGCCUGGACAACAUGGUGAAACCCCAUCUCUGGUAGAAAUAUAAAAAAUUAACCGGGCAUGGUGGUGGACGUCUGUAAUCCCAGCUACUUGGGAGGCUGAGGCAGAAGAAUCGCUUGAACCCAGGAGGCAGAGUUUGCAGUGAGCCAAGAUCGUGCCACUGCACUCCAGCCUGGGUGACGGAGCAAGACUCCAUCUCCAAAAAAAUAAAAAAUACAAAAAUUAGCCAGGCAUGGUGGCAUGCGCCUGUAAUCCCAGCUACUCAGGAGGCUGAGGCAGGAGAAUCGCUUGAACCCAGGAGGCAGAGGUUGCAGUGAGCCCAGAUCGUGCCUCCGCACUCUAGCCUGGGCAACAGAGCAAGACUCUGUCUUCAAAAAAAAAAAAAAAAAAAAAAGGUGUUUCUGAAUUAGAAGGGUCUUCUUGAAUCUGAAAAUGUCUAUGAUGAUUAUUCCUGUGGGAAUGUCACUAAGUAUGCAGAAAAGAGUAACACAGCCAGCCUGACUUAUCCUUUGAAAGGCCUGAUUAUAAGGUUUGUCCUCAGCUGUUGCAUCUGGGAACUUAGAUAUCAGAAGGUAUCUUAGUCUGUUCUGCUGUCAUAACAGAAUUACACAAACUAAGUAUUUUAUAACGAACAGAAGUUUAUUUGGUUGACAGGUGUGGAGGCUAGGCAGUCCAAGAACAUGGCGCCAGCAUCUAGCGAGGGUCUUGCCAUGGCAGAAGGCACCACAUGGCAAGUGAGCAUGAGAAAGAUAUAUGGGUCUAAGCUUAGCCUUUUAUUAUGAGCCCACUCCCGAGAUAGCAGCACUAAUUCAUUAAUGAGGGCAAAGCCCUCCUUACCUAAUUACUUUUUAAAGGUCUCAUAACACUUACAAUGUCAAUUAAAUUUCCAACACUUGAACUUUGGGGGACAUAUAAACCUUAACAGGAGGGCUCCACUCACUGAAAAGAGUCGUUCAUGGUAGCUAACCUGUGGUUUGUGCUGAAAACCUGCUUUCUUUCUGGGAGUCUAGUAUUUUGGUACAUGGUAGGUAGAAAGUACCUACGUGACCAGCCCCCAGUAAAAACCCUGGGCACUGUAUCUCUAACAAGCUUCCAUGGUAAACAACAUUUCUCACAUGUUGUCACAAUUCAGUUGCUGGUGGAAUGAAACAACACAUAUGUGUGACUCCACUGUUAGAGGACUCUGGAAGCUUAUACCUGGUUUCCCCCAGACUUUGCCUCUGUACCUUUUCUCUUUGCUGUUUUGCUUCAUAUGCUUUUGCUGUAAUAAAUCAUAGCUGUGUGAUGAUAUGCUGAGUCUUGUGAAUUCUCCUAGCAAAUCAUGGAACCUGGAGGUAGUCUUGGAGACCCUGGCACACAAAGCAGUUCCUAAGUGUUUACUCGUAGCUGUAGGAAUAGGCAAAGAAGAAACAGCAAAGAAAAAGGCACCUUGUGGUAUAACUUUGGAGGUUUACCUUGCAAAAUGCUCAGAUAUUUUACCUAUCAGAGGUUAUUGUGCAUAUAAUAGAGAGUGAUAUACUAACAACUGCCUCAGGAUAUACUCUUUUUAAUCAGUAUUGUAACUAACCUCGGCUUAUUUUACUUUUAGACUUGGGGUUCUGUUUUGCUUUAAAACAUGUACAUCAGUUUUGUUUUUUGUUUUUUUCUUUUCUUUCCUUUUUUUUUUUUAAGACAGGAUCUCACUCUGUCACCCAGGUUGCUGAGAGUGUGGUGUGGCCCGAUCUUGACCUCACUGCAGCCUUGACCUCUCAGGCUCAAGUGAUCCUCCCACCUCAACCUCCCAAGUAGCUGGGACUAUAGGCACGCGUCACCAUGCCUGGCUAAUUUUUGUAUUUUCUGUAGAGACAGAGUUUUGCCAUGUUGUUGAGGCUGGUCUCGAACUCCUGGGUUCAAACAACCCUCCUGCCUCAGCCUCCCAAAGUGCUGGGAGUACAGGUGUUAGCCACUGUGCCUGGCCUCAUUGCACUCCUUAACACAAGAAGCCUUCAACAAUGAUAAGUAAAGUAGUUGUUUAUAAGGAAGCAGGAUCAUUACCAAAAUAAAUCCUGCUAAAACAACAGGAAUCAUGUUUUAAAGCCUACUUUGCUAAUUUUUGCUAGUAGGAUAAGAGUGAUCGUAAUAUCUCGAACAUUACAUAGACACUUAAAACCUUUAGCUGUAUUUCAUCAAAAAUCUGUUCAUACCCCACGUUGGUUUCAAAAUAUACUAUGCUUUUUCUUCGUCUUAUUUCCUAUAUUCAUUUUUGUGUGUAUGUGUAUGUCACAAAUAUUGAUAUGCCUGGUUAUUUUUGUUUUCUAUUAUGCCUUUUUCAAAAUAUAAAAAUAAACCUGUAAUUUCUAACUAAAA